UCUCGUGUUUGGUACAAUGAUUGCAGUGCGAUCAUUAUUGCUUCUAGAAAUGAAUCCCGUCUCCUGACGAGAUAACCUAUUACGCGGUGAUCACUUUUAGAUCCUGACUUAAAUAACCAUUACAGCAAUCAUAUCACCAUUGAUCUACUUAGCUCCUUAGCUCAAUUACAAUUCUCAAUUCUCGAACCAGUCUUGAACAUAAUUCACAGUCCAGUUGAGUAGUAAAGUCUGGAUUGUGCAUAUUACACCAUGAAAUGCCUUAUGUUCGACAAGCAGAAUGGAAUGACCGAACUAGAGGUUCCGGUUCCAGAUAUAACAUCAGACGAGGCGCUAGUCCAGAUUCUGAGAGUGGGAAUCUGCAACACAGACCUGGAGAUUCUCCAGGGCUAUUCGCAGUUUGAAGGCAUAAUGGGCCAUGAGUUCAUAGGCCGAGUGGCUAGACUGCCUAAUGAAUUGAUCUCAUGGGGAGGUGUCUCUGUGGGACAGAGAGUGGUGGGUGACAUCAACAUAUCGUGUGGGAGGUGUCACGUGUGCAUGCAGCAGCAGGGAUCCCCCAUGCAGAAGUACCACUGUCCCCAGAGGAGUGUCAUCGGAAUCCGCAACAGGGCAGGUGCAUUCGCAGAGUACCUCGUGCUGCCCAUUGCUAACCUACAUGCAGUGCACGACUCAAUCAGUGACGAGGCGGCAGUGUUCUGUGAGCCCAUAGCAGCUGCUGUCAAGAUCAUAGAACAGAAGUUGGUCCACAGAGACCAGAUUGUGUGUGUGAUAGGAGAUGGAAAACUGGGACUCCUCAUCUGCGAAGUGCUCUGUGCUGCCAUAGAACUGAAAAGAUUGGUGUUGGUGGGCAAGUACGAGCACAAGAUGAUGUUGAGUGGGGGAGGAGUGGAGAAGUUCGACCACAGCGACAUGACCAAGACACUCUUCAUCGACUACUUCGACACUGUCAUCGAAGCCACAGGAAAUGCUCUGGGAAUUAUGUCGGCCAUCAGCAUGUGUCGGCCAAUGGGCACUGUGGUGCUGAAGACUACAUGUGCGACGAAUGACGUGUUCGACUCCACCCUAGUCGUAGUGAAGGAACUCAAACUAGUCGGCUCUAGGUGUGGGCCCAUUCCAGCAGCAUUGAAACUGCUCAAAGACAAGAAAAUCAACCCUGCCAAAUUCAUCCAGACAGUUUUUCCUUUCUCACAGUGGCAAAAAGCAAUAGAAACAGCUCAGCAGAAAGGCGCUCUGAAAAUCCAGAUGACGAUGUGACAUUUUGAUAUGAACCUGAAGUGCGACAGUUUAGCUGAAUUGACAAAACUAACUUAAUCUAUUUUCUCUCCUUUAAAUUAAACUUUCAAAUGAAGUUCUCCUUGGUAUUUUGCAAUUAGUUUAUCAUACAGAAAUUA